CGCUACCCUAGCUUCCAACAGAACGGAGGAGCGAGAGAGAGAGAGGAAACAAUGGCUUUCCUUGAGAAGCUGUGGGACGAUGUGGUUGCCGGGCCUCAACCGGAAAAGGGCCUCGGCAAGCUCAAGAAGGUCGACACCAAGUCUCUGGUCAUCAAAGAUGGGGAAGGUGAGAGCAGCAAGUACCAGAGGUCAAUGUCGAUGCCAACAACACCGACGACACCGGGCACACCGGCGACGCCGACGACACCCUCCUCUGCGCGCAAGGCGAACGUGUGGCGGAGCGUGUUCAACCCGGGGAGCAACCUCGCCACCAAGACCGUUGGUGCCAACUAUUUUGACAAGCCCCAGCCCAAUUCCCCCACCGUUUACGACUGGCUGUACAGCGGUGAGACAAGGAGCACCCACCGCUGAAUGGACUUUGUGCCGAGAACGAGGAUUGGCUUGUGGGUGAACGGGAUGGAUGUACGUAGAGAUCGCGUGCUUUCUCUCGUGUUUGCUGGUUUAUGUGGUUAUCUUAUGGAGUUUCUUUUUUGUUAUUCCAAGUAGCAACUAUAUGAGUCGCUGCUCAAAGGUGGCAAGGAGUGUGUUGUGUAGACAUGUGAGUACGUAUUUUGUGUUGUAUUUGGGCUGCUACGUUGACCAGCUGUGAUAAGAAUAAGAGUAAAUUACAGAAGCGCCUUUGCUAUUUCUAUA